GCUCCCUGUCCGCGAUGGCGAGCGAGCAAUCGCGCAGCGCAAAAUUCCAACAGAUCUACGAUUCGCUUCCCCCGAGCGCGCAGCAGGCGCUGGUCGAGCAGCACCUCCUCCCGCUCCUCAACCAUGUCCCCCGCGAGCGGGCGCGCAAGGUUCUCACCGGUGCGCGUCGCGCGCAAGCACGCGCGACGAAGGUGCCGACGCUCGAUAUCCGCGCGAAGAAGAACGAAGUAAACGAUCUCCUGGACGAGCUCGAGCGCGACGCGAAGCGGUCCUUCGUCCGCGACCGGUCGAACAAGGAGGAGAUCCUGUCCGAGGUCGUGAAUAGCCUCGUCGAGUGGCUGAACAAGGUCUGGAGCGUCGCGUACGAGCACAAGACGAACUUUGCGCAGGCGCACGGGUGUUUGUUGUUCGCCGCGGACGUGCUCGAUCACAUCGCGAACUCGCGCGGGGGGUGUAAAUGCUCGUUCACGAACAUGUUCGUCCCGAUAACGAUCAAGACGCGAAAAGGGAGGCUCGUGCGCGCGUUCGAGCUUAACGGCGCGCACCAGAUCGAGAACGUCCUCCUAUGGAUCUGGCGGGAUAUGUUCCUCACAAUGCUUGCCCUCAACAAGCCUCGCGUCGCCAAAGCCAUCCCGGAGAUGCUCGCCGACAUCGAGCUGAUUCUCGGCUGGCCCGCCGUUGAGAAGGUGCUCUACGGCGGCAAGCGAAUGUUUGACGGCGACGAAGAGGAUGAGGACGAGGAAGACGACGAAUACGGCUUUGAUUGCCAGGACUUCGGCAGCGACUCGGAGUUCGACUCUGAAGACGAAGACGAAGAGGGCCCGUGCGGCUGCCCGUAUCACGCCGACCACUGGCCGCGACAUAUCAACGCGCAAAUAGUACCCCUCCGCACGCUCGUCCGGACGCACCUCACCAAAGUCUUCUCCACCGUGCCCUCCGCGCGGCUCUUCAAGUGCCUCACCGGCAUCGCCGAGUACUACAAGCACGCCGAGGGCCAGCUGCUCGCCAUCCUACGCCCGCUCCAAUCGACCUCCUCCGAAGCCGCCGCGGCCGCGCUCGACAUCUACGCCCUGCAAGACCGGCCGGUCGACAUCGCCGCGCACCUCGACGCCAACGCGGCGCUGCUCCGCCCGCGCGACGCGCGGUCGCUGCAGGCGGCCGCGCUCGCGAUGGCGCUCUCCCCGGCGCACUCCGCGCGGGCGCUGGCGCUGCUCGAGAGGGAGCUGCGCGACGCGGCGCAGGCGAUACGGGGCGCGCUGCGGGGCGCGUUCUGCCACCUCGGCGACGCGGCGGCGGCGGACGAGGUGCAGCAGAUCCUGCGUCUGCGCGCGGGGAGCGCGGCGCGCGCGGAGCGGGUGACGGCGUACGUCGACGCCGUGGUCACGCCCGGCGCGCCGACGAACCCGAUGGCGCUCGCGGCGAUGAUGAUGGGGUUCCCGCUCGGCGCGGCGCUCGCGGACGAGAUGAGCGAGCAGGAUCCGAUGGGGUAUUUGGACGUGGACAGGGACGAUCCGGAUCUGGAGGAUCUGAGGGAGGAGUUUAGGCCGAGGUUGAAGGAGAGAUUCGAGGGGUGGGUGGAUACGGGGAUGGCACUUGGGUUGGGCGGGGGGCCGGCGGUGCUGAUGAAGAUUUAUAAGGAGCUGAUCGAGACGAUGCCGUUCUUGCGGGGGCAGGAUAUCGUGGACGAGAUGAUCGGGAGGUUGGCGGACCGGCCGAGCAAGCACUACAUCUGCGAUGCGCUCGACGGGCUCGCGGUCUUCGUGAAGACGCAGCGGAAGAGGGCACAGAUCCGCGCCGAGAAGAAGCGGAAAACGACGUCGUCCGCUCCUCCCGCGUUUGGACCCUCUUCCGCCGGCCCCGACGGCGAGGACGACCCGCCACCGUUGAUCCCGAUCACCCGCAGCGAUUUCGGCGGUAUGAACGACGUCGACUGACCGACCCGCGGCAAGUCGCCCUCUCCGGACGCACCAUCCCGCUUUACGAUGACCUCCGUGUUUUUUUUCCUCCGUUCGUUACUUCGUCAAGGCUGCUGAACACGUCUACCAUCAAUGUACUCCAUAGCUACCGCACUCAUGCGCUCACGUUCGAUACCGUAUAUCGCCAAUAGGGCUUCUGAUAGGUUAAUAUGCGUAAAUCCCUCUC